CGGUAAGCGCGCCCCAGGCCUGGCCUGGCUGCUCGGGAGCGCGCCCCGGAGGCCCGCCCUGUCUUCGUCCGGCGGGACCGCUCCCGACGCGGCGGCCAGCACUAGCCGGCCCAGGCAAGCAAGUCACCACUUAGAGGACUCAGCAGAUGAAUAAGGAAUUCAUCUUAUUACCAGCGGCGUUCAAACAUUUGUGAAAUUUAAGAAUUGUAACUGCAGUUCUGAUUCGUGGAUCUUCAAAGUAGAGAAGAUUUCAAGAUUUACAAAGGUGCAGGUUUGUGCAGAUUUGAAGACGUAUCUUAUGAACUUGUAAAACAGACGUGUUUGAGAUGUGGUGGUUUCAGCAAGGUCUCAGUUUCCUUCCUUCUGCCCUAGUAAUUUGGACAGCUGCUGCUUUCAUAUUUUCGUACAUUAUUGCUAUAACACUCCACCAUGUUGACCCUGCUUUGCCUUAUAUCAGUGACACAGGUACACUGCCUCCAGAAAAAUGCUUGUUUGGGGCAAUGUUAAAUAUCGCUGCAGUUUUAUGCAUUGCUACAAUUUAUGUUCGUUAUAAGCAAGUUCAUGCUCUGAAUCCUGAAGAGAAUCGUAUCAUCAGAAUAAACAAGGCUGGCCUUGUACUUGGAUUACUGAGUUGUUUUGGACUUUCUAUCGUGGCAAACUUCCAGAAAACAGACUUUUUUCCUGUACACAUAUGUGGAGCUGUGCUCACCUUUGGUAUGGGCUCGUUAUAUAUGUUGGUUCAGACCAUCCUUUCCUACCAAAUGCAGCCCAAAAUUCAUGGCAAACAAGUCUUCUGGAUUAGACUAUUGCUGGUUAUCUGGUGUGGAGUAAGUGCAUUUAGCAUGCUGACUUCCUCAUCAUUGUUGCACAGUGGCAAUUAUGGCAAAGAUGUAGACCAGAAACUCCAUUGGAACCCCGAGGACAAAGGUUAUGUGCUUCACAUGAUCACCACUGCAGCAGAAUGGUCUUUGUCAUUCUCCUUCUUUGGUUUUUUCUUGACUUACAUCCGUGAUUUUCAGAAAAUUUCUUUACAAGUGGAAGCCAAUUUACAUGGAUUAACCCUCUAUGACACUGCUCCUUGCCCUGUUAACAAUGAACGAACACGGCUACUUUCCAGAGAUUUAUGAUGAAGGGAUAAAACAUUUCUGUGAUGAUUAUGAUUCUCAGGGAUUGGGGAAAAUGUUCAUGAAAGUUACUUACUCUGCUCUGAAAUUUUCAACCAGUUAAUCAAGGCUGACAGUGACUUUGGUGAACACUGAUAAACAAGAGACAUAAAUAAAGCCGUUUGAUAAGUUAUUUUAAAGGAUAUCAUCAAGAAGAGCAUGGGAAAACAUUUAUGCCCCUACUUGUUUUUAAUCCCAGAAAAUAAAACCAAAGGACUACAACAUUGUAGAUUUUUUUCCUACUUAUGAGAAACAACCAGAAGUGUACCAAGCAGUCUACAAAAUCCAGCCUUUCAUAUUUUCUAAAUCAUCGUAAAGCGUGUUUUGUUUGGAGCACUUUUAUAAGAGACAUUUUCCAGGAC